UUCAAAUUCUUUUGCAGACUGUUAGAUGUAGAUUAAAAAUGACCUCUUACUGUGUACGCCAUUCUGUAAUUCGUUGUGUAAAAAGUUUUUUGCAUCCAAACACGAAAGCCUGCCUGCAGCGUUGCCAAAAUCUGUGUUUUAAAGCAGAAAGAAGCAUUUUCGAGAUUGAUGAGGAAGUGGCCAAGUUGCUGGCACUGAAAGCUCAGAUUGGAACAGAACCUGUAGCUCAGAAAUUCACAUUGAAGACACCAAAAGGAACAAGAGACUAUGAUCCUAAACAAAUGGCAAUUCGGGAGACUGUGUUUGAUACUGUAGUUCGAUGCUUCAAGCGUCAUGGAGCAUCCACCAUCGAUACUCCUGUAUUCGAAUUGAAGGAAACACUAACAAACAAAUACGGAGAAGACAGCAAACUGAUUUACGAUCUGAAAGACCAAGGAGGUGAAAUGCUAUCUCUACGAUAUGAUUUAACUGUGCCGUUUGCAAGGUACAUGGCAAUGAAUAACAUACAAACCAUCAAAAGAUAUCACAUUGCGAAAGUAUACAGACGUGACAACCCAGCAAUGACUAGGGGAAGGUAUAGAGAAUUUUAUCAGUGUGACUUUGACAUAGCUGGUCACUACGAUCCCAUGAUACCAGAUGCCGAGUGCUUGAGAAUUGUUUCAGAAAUUCUGUCCGAGCUAAAACUUGGGGAUUUCGUCAUAAAAGUCAACGAUCGGAGAAUUUUAGAUGGAAUAUUCGCUGUAUGUGGUUGUCCAGAUGAUAAGUUCAGACAAGCUUGUUCUGCUGUAGACAAGCUUGAUAAACUGCCUUGGUCUGAUGUUAAAGCUGAAAUGUUGGAAAAAGGUCUAACAGAAGAAUCAUGUGACAAGAUUGGAAGUUACGUGCAGAUGGCUGGUGGAUUGCAAUUGGUAGAAAAGCUUCUAUCUAAUGAAGAGUUGAAUCAAAACAAAUUAGCACUUGCUGGUUUGACGGACAUGAAAGUUUUGCUGCAAUAUUUGGACUUGUUUCAAGUCACAAACCGGGUCCAAUUUGAUUUGAGUCUUGCAAGAGGCUUGGAUUAUUACACUGGACCGAUUUUCGAAGCGAUAUUGCUUGGUAAUCAAGAUGCAAACAAAGAAAGGGUGAAGGGGGAAACUGUGGGUGUGGGGUCAAUUGCUGGUGGAGGAAGGUAUGAUGGAUUGGUGGGAAGUUUUCAUCCAAAAGGAAAAUCUGUUCCAUGCGUUGGUGUGAGCAUAGGUGUGGAACGUAUAUUCUCCAUUAUAGAAGCAAAUAUUAAGAAAGAGAAAGGGAAAACGAGGACAAACGACACUCAAGUUUUUGUUGCCUCCCCACAAAAAGGGUUCGUGGAAGAAAAAAUGAAAAUCAUAAACGAACUUUGGAACGCAAAUAUUAAGGCAGAAAUGUCGUACAAGAAGAAUCCAAAGAUGCUCAACCAGAUGCAGCAUUGUGAGGAGAGCGGAAUCCCCCUCGCAGUGAUUGUGGCAUCCGGAGAACUGGAUGCGGGAACAGUGAAGAUCAGGAGCGUGGGAUCCCGGGAAGAGAGGACAGUGGAUCGGAGCAAAAUGGUGGACGAGUUGAAAGAGAUGAUCAGAAGUUGAUGUUGUUGGCUUUAUGUUGUAGAUGUUGCAGUGAUGUACUUGAGUUGUUGCAAUAAAUAUUUAAAGUGUAGGUAAUCAGAACAAUAUUCCUAUGUUCUCUUGUAAUAAAUUCUAUAUUUACCUUGA